CCCACCCCUCCCCAAUCCGCCGACCGCCGGGAGGGGGCUGCGGGCUGGGAGGACGCGGGCAAGAGGAGACGGAAAAGAACGCAAAGUUCUCUGGCGAGUGCAGCUGUCUGCUUCAGGAAGUGAGGUCAACAGGAGCAAGGAGAAUCUUUAAGAGCUGCCUCGCAUUGUGACAUGUCUGAUUCCUUGCUGCAGUCCCUACAGCAUGAACAAGGUGGAUGCUUGCUGACCUGUCACAAGGUGGCCCCACAAGGUUUUGGGGUCCAUGUCUGAAUGGAUUGCUGUAGCCUUCUCUUCUCUCCCUUCGCCCAGUUCCCUGCAUCCUAAGACUCGAAGCCAGCACAGGACCUGGAAAAAUUACAUGGUGUGAACGGCAUGUCUGUGGAUGAGAAGCCUGACUCCCCCAUGUAUGUGUAUGAGUCCACAGUCCACUGCACCAACAUCCUCCUGGGCCUCAAUGACCAGCGCAAAAAGGAUAUUCUCUGUGACGUGACCCUGAUCGUGGAAAGGAAGGAGUUCCGGGCCCACCGAGCUGUGCUGGCCGCAUGCAGUGAAUACUUCUGGCAGGCGCUGGUCGGACAGACGAAAAAUGAUUUGGUGGUCAGCUUGCCCGAGGAGGUCACGGCCAGGGGGUUUGGGCCGCUGUUGCAAUUCGCCUACACCGCCAAGCUGUUACUCAGCAGAGAAAACAUCCGCGAGGUCAUCCGCUGUGCCGAGUUCCUGCGCAUGCACAACCUGGAGGACUCCUGCUUCAGCUUCCUGCAGACCCAGCUCCUGAACAGCGAGGAUGGCCUCUUCGUGUGCCGGAAGGAUGCUGCGUGCCAGCGCCCGCACGAGGACCCAGAGGACAGCGCGGGAGAGGAGGAGGACGAAGAGGAGGAGACGAUGGAUUCGGAUACGGCCAAGAUGGCUUGCCCUAGGGACCAGAUGCUUCCAGACCCCAUCAGCUUUGAGGCCACCACCAUCCCAGUAGCAGAGAAGGAAGAAGUUUUGUUGCCCGAGUCCGACGUGCCCGCGGACACCAAGGAGAGCUCGGCCAAGGACGCGUUAACGCAGUACCCCAGAUACAAGAAAUACCAGCUUGCAUGUACCAAGAAUGUCUAUAACGCAUCAUCACACAGUACCUCAGGUUUUGCAAGCACAUUCAGUGAAGAUCACUCUGGCACCAGCCUCAAACCAGGGCUUGCCGUGGGGCAGAUUAAAAGCGAGCCGCCCAGCGAGGAGAACGAAGAAGAGAGCAUCACGCUCUGCCUGUCCGGAGAUGAGCCUGACGUCAAAGACCGAGCGGGCGACGUGGAAAUGGACCGGAAACAGCCCAGCCCCGCCCCCGCUCCUGUCCCCGCGCCCCCUACCGGGGCCGCCUGCCUGGAGAGGUCCAGGGGCGCUCCCUCCCCAUCCUGCUUAAGGUCUCUGUUCAGCAUAACAAAAAGUGUGGAGUCGUCCGGCUUGCCCGGUACCUCUCAGCAGCACUUUGCCAGGAGUUCAGCGUGCCCUUUUGACAAGGGGAUCACUCAGGGUGACCUUAAAACUGACUACGCCCCUUUCCAGGGGAAUUACGGACAGCCCCACAUGGGCCAGAAGGACGCGUCCAGCUUCACCAUGGGGUCGCCCCUCAAGGGGCCUGGCUUGGAGGCUCUCUGUAAACAGGAAGGAGAGCUGGACCGGAGAAGCGUCAUCUUCUCCUCCAGCGCCUGUGACCAAGUGAGCACCGCGGUGCACUCGUAUUCUGGGGUAAGCGCUCUGGACAAAGACCUCUCCGAGCCGGUGCCAAAGGGCCUGUGGGUGGGGGCCGGUCAGUCCCUCCCCAGCUCACAGGCCUACCCUCACGGUGGGCUGAUGGCGGACCACUUGCCAGGAAGGAUGCGGCCCAACACUAGCUGCCCGGUGCCAAUCAAAGUGUGCCCUCGCUCGCCCCCGUUGGAGACCAGGACAAGGACUUCCAGCUCGUGCUCCUCCUACUCCUACGCGGAGGAUGGGAGUGGGGGCUCGCCCUGCAGCCUCCCUCUCUGCGAGUUCUCCUCCUCGCCCUGUUCCCAGGGAGCCAGAUUCCUUGCCACAGAACAUCAGGAACCAGGCCUGAUGGGAGACGGAAUGUACAACCAAGUCCGACCCCAGAUUAAAUGUGAGCAGUCUUACGGAACCAACUCCAGCGACGAAUCCGGAUCGUUCUCGGAAGCAGACAGUGAGUCGUGUCCUGUGCAGGACAGGGGCCAGGAGGUCAAACUUCCAUUUCCUGUCGAUCAAAUCACAGACCUUCCAAGGAAUGACUUCCAGAUGAUGAUCAAGAUGCACAAGCUGACGUCAGAGCAGUUAGAGUUCAUUCACGACGUCCGCCGGCGCAGCAAAAACCGCAUCGCUGCCCAGCGCUGCCGCAAGAGGAAGCUGGACUGUAUUCAGAACUUAGAAUGUGAAAUCCGCAAACUGGUGUGUGAGAAAGAGAAGCUGUUGUCAGAGAGGAAUCAGCUGAAAGCAUGCAUGGGAGAACUGCUGGACAACUUCUCUUGCCUCUCCCAGGAAGUCUGCCGAGACAUCCAGAGCCCCGAGCAGAUCCAGGCCCUGCAUCGGUACUGCCCUGUCCUCAGACCCGUGGGUCUUCCCACAGCCCCCAGUAUUAACCCCGCGCCCCUGAGCGUGGAGCAGAACCUUGCCGCCCCUCAGUGCGCGGUGGGGGAAAGUGCACCCUGCUGCUUGGAGCAGGGGGCAGCGGCCCCUGGCCCACCCUGGGCCCCCAGCAACGCCUCAGAGAACUGUACUUCUGCUCGGAGGCUGGAAGGCACUGACCCAGGGACCUUCUCUGAGAGAGGGCCUCCCCUGGAACCCAGGAGCCAAACGGUGACCGUGGACUUCUGCCAGGAAAUGACUGAUAAGUGUACAACGGAUGAACAACCCAGGAAAGAUUACGCCCAGUGACGGCCUGCCCCCGAGUUCUCAGCCCUCUCCCACACAGGUGUCCUUGGGUCAGCUUGCAGUGCUGUUCGUCUGUCGUCUGGAAGAACCGAGAAGGAAUCUGGUGCACACUACAGCGGUCUUAGCAGCAAUACUGUUUCUUAGUAUUCUCUCCUCCCUUCAAGCAGGAGCGACGUAUAGUUACCUUCACAAUGGUGCUACCCCUUGUUCAGGCAAGGAAAGACGACAGUGGCAAUGCUGUCUGUCUGUGGGUUCAUUUCAGUCUUUACAGGGAUAGACUAUAACACCUCUAGGACCCAACCACGGAUUUCUUUUCUCAGUGGCCCAUGUCACAAACCCUAUCUCAGGAAUUUCUUCUGAAUGUUCAACUUUUUUCAUGGAAGACAGCUUCUAUACACAUCAAAGUUUUAUAGCUAGACUGUACAUAUUAUAUAUAUAAUAUAUAUGAAAUAUAUUAUCUCUCUCCAUAUGCAAAAGUCCUGCAUGCCUCAAUUUUCUCAUCCUAAAACUGGAAACUUGGUUUCUCGUUUAUAAACAGGUUCCAACAUUCCUCUUCUUUUGUCUCUGAUGCUAGAACCGGUUUGUAACUGUUAACCUGGCCUUUUUUCUUGCUUCACAGUUCAAGUUGUGCUUAUUUAUGGACAGAAUUCAGUGUUGGAAGCUUUCUUUGACAUUUUAUUUCAGACCUUUUAUUUUUUGUUGGUUUGGUUUGAUUUGGGCACUGUCAGAUGGCGCCAGUUGAGUAUCGUGGGUUUUUUUUUUUUUUUUUUUUUGCGGAUACUGUACAGUCAAGGUCAACUUUGCCACUUGCACUGAGUUUUGGGUCAAACCUAUUUUCUUAAAUGAAGUUGUCACUUCAGUAUAACUCAAGUAAACUGUAUAUUCUUUGCUCUUACUUCAAAAAGUAAAACAGCUAAUUAAAAAAAAAAAGCACUCAGGUGAUAAUUAUGUAGGAAAAACAAUCUUGCCAAAUAAUGAAUUCAUCCUAGGAUGUAGACAAUAAUCUGCUUGAAUAUUUUUAUAUCUCACCUCCUCCCCACCUUUUCCUAAGCAAAGUUAAAAUGCAGAGAGUUCAGAGUUGAUGUUCAGAUUUCUAAGUGGGGAAAGAGUUUGGACAUCUCACUGGAAAGUGCAUUGAAACAGCAGGAAUCGUGAUGUUAUACCGGAACUCCUAGAUACCAAGUUAGAACUGGUUUCUCAGCCAGGGAGUAGGUCCCAUUCAUUUCAACACUGCCCCAGGCCUCUGCCUGCUCUGGAUGUAUAGGACAAGUAGGAACUUCUCCUUCAAAGGACUUGGCUGCUUGGCCACCCAGCCCCAGACCUGCCACCCCUGGGACUCACCUGAGGGGGUUUGAGUCAUCGCCCUGGGGGUCCCACCUUUAAACGGCUGUCCUGGGGUUAAUGCCGCUGGCCCCGCCCGAGUAGGAGAGAGCAGGACAGUUGUAGCCUGAAGUCUGCUCCUGGCGCAGACAAAAGCAUUUCUUUCUCCCUUCUUUCUCCAAAUGCUUUAAGUUACAUUCUGAGGUUUUCCCACCAAUUCUCUUGGUCUGAAGGCAGAUUUCAUUCUGAGGCUUUGGACACGAUGUGUCCAGGAGCCCUACCUGCCCCUUACCCCCACCACGCACCUCCCUACUCUCUCCUAAUGAUGAUUUUCUUCUUUUGCUGCAAAACUAGUUGGCUUGCAACCCACAGAGAGCGGCUUCCCUUGGCUCAGGGGGCAUGUGGGCCCCUGGCUGCGUUUACAGGAAGGGGUGCAGACCCCUUGAAGCCUGUGCUAGGGGAGAGGUCAGCACCCCCUCUCCUGUGGGUCCUUCAGCUCGGCUGCGGGGAGGAGUCCCGAACAGUUUAAUGUGGGGAUGGGGUGGUGGGCCGUGGGGACUAGAUGGUUGAUUUUGUUUCUUCAUUUGUGCCAUUGUUUGGACGAUAUUAAAGCUGCAUGUGAAAGGGGAAAUUAGUAUAUGAUGUAGGCGAAAAGUGAAAUCAUAGUAACAUGUUUUAGUAUUAUUAACUUUUUUCUGUACAAAUAUUAGUGCUAAUGUUUAAGUAUGUAUGAAUGCCAGAAAUUUGUUGGUUCAUGCGGUAGGGUUUAAAAAAAAAAAAAGGCUUUUCUUUGAAAAUAGUUCCACUUUUAGAACCUGCCUCUGGGUUUUUGUUUUUUCUCGUGUGUGUGUGUGUGUGUGUGUGUGUGUGUGUUUGCACUUGUCUAAGAUACAUUUUUCUCCUGCUCUGAGUCGAAGCUGCGGUUUCUGUUGUGGCUGUUGGAAUUUCUUGGCCUAGUUCUGUGCUUCUCUGUGAGGUUUGCCUUUGGGGAAACUGGGGACAGCUCUCGUUUAAACUCAAUGUGAAUGCCGUGAUCCAUCAUAGGUGUGUGUUCUGGUGGAAGAGUUGGCUAAAAGGUGUUUUUUGGGUUUUUUUUUUUUUUUGGUUUUUUAACUCUCUUGCUGCCUUUUUUAAGUGACCUCCUCUUCUUUUAAAAUAGGAAUGUUUUCUGCUCAUAUCAUAACCAGGUCCAAACUGGCUCAUUGCUGUGAAUGACCCUGGUACCCACUCAUGUGCAUCUGGUCGUCUUGACCCCGUUCUGGACACGCCCCUUUCCUUUGUCCUGUGCUGGGGUGGGGGUUUCCUGUAUUUCUCUCCCCCCAACUCAGCCCAUGGCCUCCUCUGGCCAGCCCCUGCCUCAAAUGUCUUCCUCUUCCCUAACCACACCCUCGCCACGCCUACCAUGGGAACCAGUUAAAAACACUGCUGGAGAAACUGUCUUUCGAUUUCUUGGAGAUUUGAACAAGUUGUUGGUAUUUGGUUCACUGUCCACCAGAAACAGCAACUGGCUUUUUUCAGUUGUUGAUGUGACGUGUCUGUGUCUCUUACUGGUCUGAACCAUGUGCUUGUCAAGAUUAUUUCCAGGUUGAUUCAAAGGGAGGACUAGCUGGGAACCACGGUCCAGGUUGCCUCAAGUGGAGUUUUAAAACCAGCCUGUCUCCUUUUCCUGGGAUCCGUUAGUACAACCCGAGUCUUUUAUGAAAGAGAAAAACAAGUUAAUAGCCAGGAAUAGUGUUUGUGUGGAAUGGUGACAUCUAGUUAUACCAUUAAGGUUCUGUCCUUUCAGAUAUAAAGAACUCUGGCAUUUAUAUUCCAGCCAUGAAAUGUUCAGGAGGGUCCUUGUGACAGGAAAUUGUGUCUCCAAGUGGCCGGGGUAGGCAUGGGCUGCUGCAGCAGGGACAGUGGAGGUGGUCCUGUGGCUACUUAACAUCUGCCUAAAACUAGUCCUCCCCUCGGAUCUGCCUUUUUUCUACUUGUGUCUCCAGACAACCUCACUUCUUUCAGAUUGGUCCGGCUUGGGCAGGUGCAUGCUUUGCUGUAUAUGUCUGUUUCUCUGCGUUAUCUGGGGGUGCCUUGAAUAAAAUAACUUCAUGACAUACUGAUUCUGGAACAAAACCAUGGCAAAAACAAACAAACAAAAAAAAAAAAGCUGGAAAAGUGACUAGGCCACCUGCUCCUCCUCUUCUGGGUUCCCUUGUUAAUGACUCAGGCAUCAGAGGUGAUGCUGCCAUAGGGAAGGGUAUUUUGUAUAGUGUACAAGUAAUUUAUUAACUGUAUUUCUAAAGGUAUGCUGCUUUUAAGAUGCACUAUGAUUUUGGAUUUAAUCCUUGUGUUGCUUUCCCAAGGAAGUAAAAAAAAAAAAAAAAAAAAGGCUGAUGAUUAGUAUGUCAGCUGCCACUUCUCCUUGAAAAGGAAGGCAGGGACCAGCGACAGAAUUCACAUGAGGGGACUUCUAAAAACCAGGUGGGCACACUGAAGUCCAGUGCUAUUGUCAGGAGGUCUAAACCUACACUUUCUCUCUAAAUGCUUUAUGAUUGCCAUUGAAGAAGAAGAAAUGAACAGACAAAGGCGUGAAAAUACACAGCUUUGAAGAACCCACUUGCCCCUUCAAGCUCAUCCAUGUGCUAGAUUAUGUAGCAUAAUCCUCUCAAAAUGAGUAAAAGCCUGCAAAGCUCUUUAGACUCCCUAUUGGUUCCCUAGCUCUGUACAUUAUACCCCGUUUCAACUAGGAGCCACUUAAUAAAUGACUUCAAACUGCACCACUAGUACUUAACAUUUGUUGGAGGAGUUGCUGAUCAAGAGGGCAAAAAGAAUGAAGUUUUGUUCUCAAAUCACUAUAAAUAGGCAAAGAAACACAAUUUUUUUUUUUUUAAAGAAUAAAGCUAUUCACUGGAUCAUGAGUUAGUCUUUCUUCCCCAAAUUGAGGAUUUUGCUGUGGGUUCCAUUACUGGCAAGUCAGUGCUCAGUGGGAAUUUGUGCAGGCAUUCUGUGUGCCUAGAGGCAUUCUGUGUGUAAGCUGUGUGUGCCGAAUACUGCCCAAGCUAUCUCCUGACCCAAGCAUCAAAGACGGAUGCUGCAGAAUAAAAUGUAUUUGUACACAAAUAGUGUGUGCAAGCAGUCUUUGUACAUAGAAAAAACCUAUUGCGGCAGAUGGAGGAUAAAUUAUUCUACUGACGGUGCAAAAACAUUUCUUGCAAAGAAAAGUAAGUGUAUAGUAUUUUCCUAAACUCCACCUUGGGAGAUAGUAUUUAUAGCAAAUGAGUAUCAGUGCAUUUUCAUUGUCAUAUGACAAGGAUGCUGCCAUGUUGCGAAGAAAACCCACUCGGUUGCAGAGGCCCACCUUCAUAGCUCUGGUUUCCUGUUGCGACACGGUGUGUACGUUUCACUCUCCAGCAGUGGACAACCAACCUUGGCUUUCCUUUCCAUUCCAGUGGACUGACCUCAGAUAACACAGUGGCCUCCUUAGACACAGAAGUGCACCCAGAGUAUGCAUUUGAGGUAGACUCAACUGCAGCACCAGACGCUCCUGUGGGGACAGGAAAGAGUGAAGGCAUUUGGACAAAGAGGGUUUUUCUUCCUACAGUUUGAUGCUAAGUCUUCUACCAAAACAUGCCUGGAGGCAGAGGGGUGACCUCCACGUGAGUCCUAACAAUGCAUUGUGCACGUGUGAAUGCUGAGAGGCCCAUUCACGCCCCGAUGUAAAGACCUGCCACUUCUAGUGAGUGAUCCGGACGCUUCCACGGGCGGGCGUUCAGGAGCCUCGGGUGCUGGUUAGACACGGUGAGCCAUUCAAGACAAGUGCCACCUUUGCUUGUGAGGUCCUAUGGGCCUGUGAGAAUUUGUUCCAGAACCAGUCUAAUGAAGUGCACCUCCAAUCUAUGCCUUACAAACUCCAGAGGCCAUUUUCAAAACAGGGUUUUCUCAGUGUAUGCAAGGGGCUACUGCCCCUCUCCUCUUCCUCCCCAGGUCGAACAAUACGGACAGUUUUCACACAUAUCUACCUGUAUAACCCUCUGUACCUCUCAUAACUGGUCAACGACUGUAACAGGUUACAUCAGGUGUUUUUCUACAUACUUUUUACACAAAUUCUAUGCGAUUAAUGUAACUUAAUUCAAUGCACCAUUUUGUUGUACUAGUUCUUAGGCUUGUCUUUUUAUUUCCUAAGUGAUUGUGGUUUUUUCUUGUGGUUUUUAUUGUAAAAAUGAAAUGGCUGUUGAUGCUUAUUCUCUGUAACUAAGAAUUUUUACCUUUUUUUGGGGAAAAAAAAAAGCAUUGCUAUGAACUAAUGAAUUGAAACUUCAUUUACUCAUUGUAAAUACACUAUUGUGCAAAAAAAAAAAAUUCACUCGAUUGAAUUGCUAGUGUUAACUGAAUUUUGUCUAGACACCAUUUCUGUUGAUGAAAUAAAGACAUAUCAUUACGCAUUGUAAA